UGACAAACGAGACUAAACUGUCAUGGCUGCGUCCAUGAGCAAAGUGAAAAUGUUGAAAAGAAAUAAUCUAUUGUUUACUAGAUUAACGUCCCUAAUUAGAAUAAAUCAACGGGAGCUGAGAACAACAUCAAUUCAAAAUAAAGGAGUAGUAGUUGGUAUUUACAAGAAAGAGAAAGAUGAUAAUAUUACACUAACACCAGCAGCAUCUGACUUAGAUCAGAAAAGUCAGGGAAAACUUCAACAACUUUUAAAAAUAGCAAGUAGAAAGUUAAAAAGUGGUUCAGGUCGAGUAUUAUAUGGAGUGCCGGUGAAUGAUGAGUUUACCACGGUAGCUGUUGUUAAUCUCGGAGAAACAGGUGUUAAAUUUAAUGAUCUUGAAGAAUUAGAUGAAUGCAAACAAAACAUUCGAUCAGCAGUAGCCAAUGGUGUUUCCCAGUUGCGUGAAGUUGGCGAAACAGAAGUUACUGUUGACCCAUGUGGAGAUUCUAAAGCUGCAGCAGAAGGCAGUAUUUUAGGUUUGUUCUAUUAUGAUGACCUCAAGGCCAAGGACAGUAAAAAAGCCAAGGUGAAGGUUGAUUGUUAUUCAAGUAAUGUAGAUGAUAUAACUACUUUAAACCACGAUUGGUCACAAGGUUGUAUUCUAGCAAAUUCACAGAAUUUUGCAAGAUGGCUGAUGGAGACACCAGCCAAUAAAAUGACACCUACUAUUUUUGCUGAAAGUGUGAAAGAGAGGCUGGGUUCAGAAAAUGGUGUCACUGUACAAAUAAGGGAUAAAGCCUGGGCAGAAUCAAAAAAGAUGGAUGCAUUUCUCUCUGUUUCUCGUGGCUCUGAUGAACCACCUGUGUUUCUAGAAAUUGAUUACAAUGGAGGCCCUAAUGGUUCUACACCUUUAGCUUUGGUUGGUAAAGGUGUGACAUUUGAUACCGGAGGUGUGUCUAUUAAACCAUCAACUGAUAUGGAUAAAAUGAGGGCUGAUAUGGGCGGGGCAGCAUGUGUGGCUGGUACACUACUUGCAGCUACUAAACUCAAACUACCUCUCAAUAUCAAAGCAUUUAUACCUUUAUGUGAGAACAUGGUCAAUGGACGCGCAACAAAACCAGGUGAUGUUGUCACGGCAAUGAAUGGAAAAACUAUACAGAUAGAUAAUACCGAUGCUGAAGGAAGACUAAUUUUAGCUGAUGCCUUAACUUACGCAGAUACGUUUAAACCAAGUUUAAUAUUAGAUAUGGCAACUUUAACAGGGGCUGCUGAUGUAGCAUUAGGAUCAGCUGUUACCGCUGUAUAUACAGAUUCUACACAAAUGUGGAAGACUUUGCAUCAGGCUGGCGGUAUUAGUGGUGAUCGAGUAUGGAGGAUGCCGUUAUUGAAACAUUAUACGUCACAAAUAAAACACUGUGAUUUAGCUGAUGUUAAUAAUAUUGGUAAAUAUAGUCGAUCAGGUGGAUCAUGUACAGCUGCAGCAUUUCUAAAGGAAUUUGUAGAGAACAAAAAUUGGCUACAUCUGGAUAUAGCGGGUGUCAUGAUCAAUAAAGAUGAAGUACCAUAUUUACCUAAAGGAAUGUCGGGGCGACCAACUAGAACAAUUGUAGAAUUUCUCUCCUUAUUAUCAAAACAACAAUUAUAGCAGUAUAUAAACAGUUUACCUUUAGGAAUGUCUGGAUAAUCAAGUUGAACAAUUACAGAAGUAUAUAAACAGUCUACCUUUAGGAAUAUCUGGAUAAUCAAGUAGAACAAUUGCAGACUUUCUGUCCUUAUUAGAGAGGUUCAGAUUCACUCCGUGGUCAAGAACGAGAAUGAGGUGAUUCCAUUUUUGCAUGCUAUGUCAUCAGUUCUCAAGGUCUUCCCCCACAGCGGCAGACGAAUUGGCCCGUGAAAACAUCUUGGAACCUCUGAAGUUGUAAGUGAAUUUCCUGGUGAUUUAAUUCUAUUUUAGACAAUCUUUUUCGUAAUUAUACCGGAACACAUCGUUUUCAAAUAUACAUGUACCAGAGUUUGUUAGGCACUGUUUGGCUGGUCGAAUAAAAGCAAAAUGAUAGAAUGAAGCGACACUUUCAAACAGUGCACUUUUUGCUCUAUUCACGUUGUACUGACCAUCGCGUUUUGUCAAGAAUGCAGGUUUUUCUGAACCGUGCAAAAGUGCAUCACAUCUUCCCGGAACGCAUCUGAACCUGUCUAUUGUCAAAAUAACCAUUAUAGUAAUGUAUAAAUAAAACAAUAGUAGAAUAUCUUAAGUGUCAUAAAAACAACCAUUAUGGUAAUAUUACAACAUAUACUUGCUAUUUGUAGUAAUGUUACUACAUAUAUUCGCUGUUUAUGGUAAUGUUACUACAUAUAUUUGCUAUUUUUUGGUAAUGUUACCACAUAUAUUUGCUAUUUAUGGUAAUUGUACCACAUAUAUUUGCUAUUUAUGGUAAUUGUACCACAUAUAUUUGCUAUUUAAGUGUGCUGUUUGAUACAAAAUAACCAUAUCUAUUAAAAUAAACCGAUUUGUGUUUUUGGU